ACUUCGUCCCUUUCUGUAACUGGUGCGAAAAACGUCAUUUUCAAAGUGACGCGUUUAUAACGGAUUUCUAUAUAUCCCAACUUCUUCACAUUAUAAUACAUUCAUCAUGACUGGCCGUGGAAAGGGUGGCAAGGGCCUUGGCAAGGGCGGUGCUAAGCGUCACCGAAAGAUUCUUCGUGACAACAUUCAGGGCAUUACCAAGCCUGCUAUCCGACGUCUCGCUCGUCGUGGUGGUGUCAAGCGUAUCUCUGCCAUGAUCUACGAGGAGACCCGCGGUGUUCUCAAGUCCUUCCUCGAGGGCGUCAUCCGCGAUGCCGUCACCUACACUGAGCACGCCAAGCGCAAGACUGUCACCUCGCUGGACGUUGUCUACGCUCUCAAGCGACAGGGCCGCACCCUCUACGGUUUCGGUGGUUAGAGCGUUGGA